AUGUCUAGCGAUCAAGAACUCUUCCAAAGCUUGCCAAAACUUGGAUUGAAAGUGAUAAAGACGACUCGUAAUGAUGAUGGUGGAGAUGAUGACUGUGAGCAUGAGUGCUGCACUCCAACAUCAGCUCAACUCAAGAUUCCCGCCUUGUUAACCUGUCCACCAGCACCAAAGAAACCACCAAGAAGUCCGGAUUCAUGGAAGAGGAAACAGUCAAAUCUGCACUUUUUUGAGGUUAUGAACCGUGAAGAGGUGGACUUGUUUUUUAGGUCAAGCAAGAAGGUUGGUUUCGCCUCUGGGGUGGUCGAUUAA